AGAGAGAGAGAGAGAGAGAGAGAGAGAGAAGAAUAAGCCAGUUGUGCAUCCCUCACUCUGCACUAAGUCACAGGCAGACCAGCAGAUUUUCUUGGCUUGGACGCAGCGCUCAUGACAGGAUUAGGAGCCGGGGACGCGGGACCAACCGGAGAUCUGCAGGUCCUAGUGGAUGAGUCGGAACCAGAUCCUCUCCCUGCACAGCUGUGACAGACAUCCUGCAUCUCUUCACAACGUUCUUCCAACAGCGGUCUUCCAAGGUUGACCUGAUCGCACAGACGCCUCCCUUCCUCUCCUCUCCCACCAUGCGUCUUCUCUCCAUGCUCCUCCUCUUGCUGCUCCUCCGGUCCGCGGAGCCUGGGAGAGGUCCCCGGUCGGGGGCAUUGGAAGGGGGCGACGGGGGCCGCGCAAGGGGAAGGGGCAGGGUCAGGGCAGUGAGGCGUCAGACUCAGGAGUGUCAGGAAUACGUGGAGGCGGGAGAGAAAUAUCUGGAUUGCCAAGACAGGCAGCUGACUACGGUCAUGCAGGACUGGCCAAAAGAUAUUCAUCACCUGCUGCUGGCAAGAAACCAGAUCCUGGUUUUAAGGGACAACAUGUUCUCCCAGUUCACCCAACUGAAGAGCUUGGACCUCCAGCAGAACGACAUCUCCAUGGUGGAAGAGCGAGCGUUCAACGGGCUUUCUCAGCUCACCACCCUUCUGCUCCAGCACAACAGACUGAAAACAACCUCAGAGGAGGCCCUGCUUCCAAUGCGUCGUCUUACCUACCUCCGUCUCUAUGACAACCCCUGGAGCUGCCACUGCCUAUUGGACAGCUUGGUCAGGAAGCUACAAGUGCCAAGCAACCGUAAUCUUGGUAACUACGCGAGGUGCGCCGAACCCCUGUCACUGAAAGGUCAAAAGCUGAAGAAGCUCAAUGUGGAUUUGUUGUGUGACAAUGAGGUAGACACUACUGACGGGCAAUUAAAGCCUCCAAUGGUCAAGCUGAAGGGGGCCACCUCCAUGUGCCACACCUACAUGUUCCCUAAACCUCUACUGGACUGCAGCAAUAAAGAUUUGAAUAACAUCCCAUCUGAGCUGCCAUCUGACAUCGUGAAGUUGGAUCUGUCCAGGAACACCAUCAAACAUCUCAGGCCCAAACAGUUCCUGCUGUCAAAAGACCUCAAGGUGCUCAAUCUGAGCAGCAACAGCCUCAAGCAUAUAGAAACAGCUGCGUUUGCCGGUCUGCUGUACCUUCGUGAGCUUGACCUGUCCAACAACAGCCUCCACCACUUCCAGUAUGGCGUACUCGAGGACCUCUACUUCCUGCGGAAGCUCCUAUUGUCCCACAAUCCCUGGAUCUGCGACUACAACAUCCACUACCUGGUCUACUGGCUCAAACACCACCCCGGCAUCUCCUACAGCGGCCUGAUCUGCUCAAAUCCGCCGGAAUUCAAGGGCUGGCGCGUUGUGGAUUACGUCAAGACCUACAAUGGGGAAUGCCCCAAGGAUAAACAAACCGGGGAGACUGAUACGGGACAGGGAGGACAAGGGGGAUCUGAAAAUGAGGCACAGGAGGUGCUGGGUGAGACGCUUGAGGAUUAUCUGCCACAAUCACUGCGAGAACAGAGGAGCAGAAAGUUUGAGAUCAUCAGGUUGAGUUAGGAAGGAGGCGGAGCGGUGGACUCCUACGACGGAGUGUCAAAGAAAGGAAGACAGGCAGGAGAGUGGGUUCAUACAGGUAGACUCAGUGAUCGAGUUUUAAAAUCUGUUAUUAAAAGCACCAUUUUUCAUAUUUUUUUUAAAAUUACCAUUUAUAAUAUUUGUUAGGGAUUAAACUGACUUAAGUGAUAUAGGUUAUGAACAUUUCCAAUAUCCUGUGUGGCGAAAAUAAUUACUUUGGGACUGUUACAUUCUACUAAAUAAUAAUAAUGACAAUGACAAAUUUCUUGAUUUCACUGUGGAAUGGAAAAACGAGGUUUUGAAGAUUCUUUUUGUUUUACACUUUCACUUUAUUUUCAAUUUCAGAUACAGGUGCUUUUUUUUUUUUUUUUUUUUUUUUUUUGGUCCGCAUUAGUUACUUUAUUUUUCAACAAAUAGUGGUUGGUCUGUUUUUUUAAUUGAUUAAUGUAUUGCUAUGUUUAGUAUUUUGUGGAAAUAAAAUCUGUUUUUUUUUCUCCUCAAAAUGCAUUUUACCAAAUGAUUACGGACAAAAACGUCGGUGGUCAUGCAUGAGCUUAUGAAGUGCAGAGGCUGUUUCUAAUUUUAUUUCAUUUUAUUUUUUGUUUGAUUGUUUCAGUGUGAGUAAAGUGCUGCUGAAAAUGUUGAAUAUUUUCAUUCAAUGUGUGCAAUAACAACACUAUGCAUUAAUAAUGACACUAUGUAAUUCUAAGGUUUGGUAAAAUCUAGUGCCAAAUACUGCAGUUCCUUGAAUGGCCACUUGAGGCUGGCUCCAGAAG